GGUGACGUCACGCCGAGUGAUGCACCUGGCCUGGUACAGGCGGUCUCGUGCGUGGUGGUGCCGCCGGCCCCUUUGUGCCGAACAGCGGCGAUUGGUAAUGGCGAGGAGAGUUCUUGUCGAGUUUGAGUUUAAUUAGAUCGGUGGUGUCAGGGAGUCGAGUCCGUGGAUCUCUCUGCUGCUGCUGCCGCCGCUCUCACCCGAGAAUCAAUCCCAUUGAUGGAGAAGAGACACUCGGCGCAGCCAGUUGCGAAGAGUUACCAAUGCGGCAAGUGUACGUACAGCAUGGAUGACAUCGGUGCGAUGAAGAAUCACCAGGAAACACACAAGGACGAGCAGCCCUUCAAGUGCACCGUUUGUGGGAUAGCGUUCGCACAGUCAUCACAUCUCAGCAGACAUGAGAAGACACACACAGGAGAGAAGCCUUUCAGGUGCACUGUGUGUGGGACGGUGUUUGCAGAGUUGUCAAAUCUUAGCAGACACCAGAAAACGCACACGGGAGAGAAGCCCUUCAAGUGCACCGUGUGUGGAAAGUCCUUUACACAGUCGUCAAAUCUUUUUGUGCAUCAGAGAAUACACGUAGGAGAGAAGCCGUUCAAGUGCACCGUGUGCGGAAAGUCGUUUAGCCGUUUGUCAAUUCUUAACGUACAUCAUACAAUACACACUGGCGAUAAGCCCUUGAAGUGCACCGUAUGUGGAAAAGGAUUUGCAGAGACAUCACAUCUUACCAGGCAUCAGAAAAUCCACAUUGCCGAGAAGCUCUUCAGGUGCACUGUUUGUGGGAAGGCAUUUGGAUGGCCAUCAAAUCUUGACUUGCAUAUGAAGACGCACACUGGCGAUACGCCAUUCAGGUGCACCGUGUGUGGGAAAGCAUUUACGCGUGCAGGUACUCUUAAAAGACAUCAGAAAAUACACACAGGCGAGAAGCCUUUCAAAUGCACCGUGUGUGGAAAGGCGUUUGUACAGUCAUCACAUCUUGACGCACAUGAAAAGAUGCACACGGGAGAAAAACCUUUCAAGUGCACCGUGUGUGGGAAGGCGUAUACACGGUCAUCAUAUCUUCACAAGCAUCAGAGAACACACACAGGGAUGAAGCACUUCAAGUGCACUGUACCUGGCAAAGCAUUUGCAUGGUCAGGAACUCCUAAUUGUAACAAGCGAGCACCGAAAGAACCAAAGAGUAAGCGAGCACACACAGGAGAAAAAGCCUUCAAGUGCACCAUGUGUGGAAAUUCAUUUUCACGGAAAUCAAAUCUUGAUGUGCAUCAGAAAAUACACACAAGAGAGAAUAUGUUCAAGUGCACUGUGUGUGGAAAGUCAUUUUCACGGUUAUCAGUUCUAGAAAUACAUCAUUCAAUACACACUGGCAAUAAGCCCUUCAAGUGCACCGUUUGCGGGAAAGGAUUUGCAGAGAAUUAUCUUCUUAACAGACAUCACAAAAUCCACAUUGCUGAGAAGCUCUUCAGGUGCACUGUGUGUGGGAAGGCAUUUGGAUGGUCAUUAAAUCUUGACUUGCAUAUGAAGACACACACUGGCGAUAAGCCCUUCAAGUGCAUCGUGUGUGGGAAGGCAUUUACGCGGUCGGCAUAUCUUCACAAGCAUAAGAAAAUACACACAGGCGAGAAGCCCUUCAAAUGCACCGUGUGUGGGAAGGCGUUUGUGCAGUCGGCACAUCUUGAUGCACACGGGAAGAUGCACACAGGAGUUAAACCCUUCAAGUGCACCAUGUGUGGAAAUAAAUUUUCGCGGAAAUCAAAUCUUGAUGCACAUCAUAAAAUACACACAGGGGAUAAACCCUUCAAGUGCAACAUGUGCGGGAAGGCUUUUACACGGUCGGCAUAUCUUCACAAGCAUCAGAGAACACAUUCUGACGAGAAGCACUUUAAGUGCACCGUGCCUAGUCAAACGAAUUCACGGUCAGAAGUUGGAAACAGACCAGAGCAGGUCCAGGGGAAGCACAAAGUGACAUUGCUUAAUGAGAGUCAAAGUUCUACAAUGAGUCAGUCUCCAGUGAAACGGGAACCAGAUGAGAAUGUCGACGUUGAAACGUGGCCAGAAGUGAAGGUGGAAUGUGAAGGAGUGAAGGUAAAAUUAGAAGGAGUGAAGAAAGAAUCUCAUUAUUCAACUCCAGGACCAGACCUUCGGGUGGAUGGAGGUUGCGUGAAGCGGGAGGAGGAGAAUCCAAACUAUCACGGAGCGAGAACUGACCCCCAGCAUGUUGUGAAGGUGGAGGUAUGGGUGGACUUCUUGGACAAAGCAGAGUAGUUGGGGCAGCAGGUGUCCAAGUAGCGUACGGUUAGCACGCUGCUGUUUCAAACCCGGCAACCUGAGUUCGAUUUCUGCUCAUGUCAGCACCAGUGAUGAUUACACUAUGUAACGUAAUUUUUGUUCCUGGGUACUUAGUGUGGCAGUCAAAGUGAUAGCUUUGGGGGGCAGGGUGUUUCUUUGAUUGGGGAGAAGUGAGGGACUUGUGUAAAAGUGGUUGCAAGGGUGUGAUUGAAUAUAAGGCUCUGCCAAGGGGAACCAAAGGAAGGGGGCGCGGGAUUUAAUUCCGCUCCUCGUCUUGUUUGAGGCGGCUGCUGUGCUGGAGAUGGAGACUGAGGCGGGCGGGAUUUUAUUCCAUGACUGAUCCUGUUCAAAGUGGCCUGCUGAUCCUACUCGAGGUGGCUGGGACUGAUCCUGCUCGAGAUGGCCAGGACUGAUCCUGCUCUAGGGGAAAGGGGACUGAUCCACUGAGAAUGUUCUGUUUCUGAGCCGGGCGAUGCUUCGGGCAUGCCUUCGGGGUUUUGCUCAGCAGGUUUUUCUCCCCCAGCAUUCGUGGUGGAGGAAGUUGGUAAAGCCGUGGUCAUUGGGUUGUUGUAUGACGGUGUUGGUUGUUGUGUUGUUGCGAGGGUCAUUUAAGUUGGUAUCGUGGUUGUGAUGCGUGCACUUCUCCGGGGAAGUAGUAAGCCUGUUGCCCUUUGACAAUGUAAGAUUUGUCUAGACAUUUAAUUAUUAGUAAACCCUAUACAUUUGGAA